AUGAAGCUACAGGGCUCCCUGGCCUGUCUCCUGCUGGCCCUAAGUCUGGGUAGCGGGGCAGCCAGCCCACUGCAGAGUGGAGCAGAGGGCAAAGGGGCAGGUGCCUUACAAGGAGUGGGAGAUGCCAUUAGCCACGGAGUUGGAGAGGCUGUAGGCCAAGGGGCUAAAGAGGCAGCCAGCUCAGGAAUCCAGGAUGCCCUCGGUCAGGGGCACGGAGAGGAAGGUGGCUUUGCUUUGAGGGGGGCCAGGGGAGAUGCUUUCGACCACAGGCUCGGGGAAGCGGCACGGUCUCUGGGGAACGCUGGAAAUGAGGUUGGCAGGCAGGCUGAGGAUGUCAUUCGACGAGGGAUAGAUGCUGCCCACAACUCUGGCUCUUGGGGGACAUCUGGAGGCCAUGGCAUGUUUGGCUCUCAAGGUGGAAGACAGGGAAAUCCUGGUGCUCAGGGGACUCCCUGGGCCUCAGAAGGCAACUAUGGAACCAACUCUCUGGGUGGCUCUGCGGGUCAAGGAGGCAAUGGCGGGUCAUUCAGCUAUGAAACCAAUGGCCAGGGCGCUGUGGCUCAGCCUGGCUACGGCUCAGUGAGAGGCAGCAACCCAGACUCAGGGUGUACCAACCCGCCACCAUCUGGCUCCCGCGAAAGCUCCAGCAGCUCUGGGGGAGACGGCAGCGGCGGUGACCACGGUGGCAGCAGCGGUGGCGGUAGUCAUGGCCAGGGCAGUAGCGGCCACGGGAGCAGCAGCAGCGGCCAAGGCCACAGUGGCAGCAGCAGUUCUGGGUCCCGGGACAGAGAAACGGCUAAUUUUGACGAAGGCUAUUCAGUCUCCAGGGGAAGUGGCAGUGGCGGAGACAGAGAAGGAAGCAGCAGCGGCGGCAGCAGCGACAGAGGAAACAGCGGCGGUGGCAGCGGUGGCAGAGGAGGAAGUAGCGGAGGAAGUAGCAGCGGAAGUGGCGGUAUCGACAGACCUGAGUGUAACAACCCAGGGAAUGAUGUCCGAGUGGCCGGAGGAUCUGGGAGUCAGGAGCAUGGGUCUAGCGGAGACAGCGGUCAAAACGAAGCUGUCAGUGAACUCAAGAGUGUGAACUACGAUGCACCAUCCCUGCCCUUCGACUUGGACGGUUUCUGGGAGAAUUUAAAAGCCAAGUUGCGUUUCAUUAACUGGGAUGCCAUCAACAAGGGCCGCCUCCAGCCUCCCAGCACUCGAGCCUUACUUUACUUCCGAAGACUUUGGGAGAAUUUCAAACGCAGCACCCCUUUCUUCAACUGGAAACAGAUCGAGGGCUCGGAUGUGGCGUCGCUGCAGAAGAGGGCAGGGGGCGCCUCCGAUCAGUUUUCACAGCCUGAGGCAGCAAGACAAGAGGUGUCCGCCGUCACAGCCAAGAACUACCACAACAGCCCACAGGAGAAUCCUACUUACAACUGGCAAUACUAUGCCAAGACCACCCCCAAGGGAGGAGUCGUACCUUCCUCGUCCUCGGCUUCCCGGGCACAACCCGGCCUGCUGAAGUGGAUGAAGUUUUGGUAGAAGAUUCGUUCUAGUCACUGCCGACUCUCCAAGAACGCAGGGCUUCAGGGAGCUUGGCUGUACUUACCCACAGUCCUCUCUGCUGCGGCAGACCUAUGUGGGCGUUGUCAUCUCGCAUCAGCUCACCCGGGGACCUGGUUUAUCUGUCCUCAUCCUCCCCACUCCGCUGUGGUGUCCCGGAGACGAAUCAGCGUCCUAGGAUAACCGGCCAGUUUCUUCACCUUCUUCCCUUUGUGACCGGAAGUCCCCGUAACAAUGCUGCAGGGGCUUCCUACUUUCGAAUAAAUAAAACAAGGCUCUUUGUU